CCCUGGAAUGAAGGUACAUUGGGGGUUUUUGUACCAGGAUUAAUUUUUGGGGGGCUUUUGAUGAAUUUUCAUCUUCUUCUUGCCUCGUUUUUUAAACCUUAUCUUCCUCGUACAGCAAAUCAGGGUAUAGGGUUUCCAGCAUUCGCACUGAAAAACGAAAAGAACCUGCAGAUUCUUCUCUUUUUUUCUCUUUGGAAUUCAGAUCCAAUGGUUCCAACGAUCUCUUCAUCUAUCAUUCAAUCCUCGCUACUCACUCUCCCUGCUCUUCCUAAACUUCCCCCCUUGAAAAAGCUCUCAAAAGAAAACCAUGGCUUUUUCUUCAGUAGAAGAAAUGGGAUCUUUGCUCAGCCCCUCUCGCCUCACGUAUCAAACGAAAUUCUAGGGUUUGGAAGAGGGAAGUGGUCCACACCACUGCGUUCACUUUCGGAUAGAGGACUUCGCUUUCUCUGCUUUUACAACAAAGAAGAUUCACAGAGGAAUUUCCCGGAAAAGGACUCUGGUCUGGAUUGGCCGAUCUUUGAGCGUUGGGAUGUGCCGUGGAAAUGGCAAACGGUUGUCUUGACCAUGAUUGCGUGCGGAUUGAGUUUUGUUUUGACAGGAUUGGUAGUGACGUCAGUUGCACCAUAUAUAGGGCUCCAGAGUGGAAACCUGAGUUUGGAUGAGAAGGCUGAAAUACUGUUUGUGGACCAGUUCAUUGUGACUGCAGUUAUUCUUGGAGUUGUAUAUGGUCUCACCAACUCUUUUCAACCACUUCCAGAUGACAUUUUCUGCUAUAAAUGGAAGGAACCAUUCAAUCUGCGGAAUGGAUGGUUCUUAUGGGCAGGGGUUGGUAUCGUUGGUGCCCUUCUGGCUAUAGCAUUAACUGGAGCUGCCCUGGCCUUGUUUAAUGGCGAGAACCCGGAAAGAGAGAAGGAUGCACUAAUUCUUUUGCUGCCGCUGAUUGGAUCUUCAAGUAUCAGCACUGCAUGUCUGUUGGCCAUCACUGGUGUCUUGGCUCCGCUGCUCGAGGAGACUGUGUUUCGCGGGUUUCUGAUGGUGUCCCUGACUAAGUGGUUUCCAACACCAGUUUCUGUGCUUAUAAGUGCUGCGGUAUUUGCUCUUGCUCAUCUCACUCCUGGAGAGUUUCCCCAACUUUUCGUGCUAGGGGUUGCUUUGGGGUUUUCAUAUGCCCAAACUCACAAUCUUCUGACGCCAAUCACCAUACAUGCACUGUGGAACUCCGGAGUGAUUUUGCUUCUCACCUCUCUUCAGCUCCAAGGAUAUGACAUAAGAGAGUUGCUGCAGGGAGGACCCUGAACGAGGCUCAUCUGUUGAAUUGAUUGGAAGGUUCUCUCUCUCUCUCUCUCUCUCUCUCUCUGCAUUUUGUUUUCUUUGUUUUGUGGUUUAAUUUUUGAAAGUUACCAAUAAGCGAUGAAAAUAAGAUGCCCAUAACUUGUAUAUUGAUAUUUUGAGGCAACUCAUUGGUGGGAAAAAUAGAUACGGAAAAUGCUGUAUAUUUGACCAGAGUUCAAUGGAUGAGGUAAUUAUCUUGAA